AUGAGUGUCGAGAAGUGCGCACAGUCUAUUGAUCUCUCUCACCAUCUUUCCCAGCUAUCCAAGGCUAUGGUCAUAUCUCCGCUGAAUGGGGGGCUGGAGAAAUACAAGUCACAGCCAGGAAUUCUGUCCCUCGCGGGAGGUUGGCCUAGUCCUGCGUAUUUCCCCAUCUCUGACAUUUCUGCAAACAUUUUGGUACCAGAAUCAUUUGGUCUCUCUCCGACCGAGCUGUCGACCUUUUUAUCCAGUAGCCACCAUGCAACCAAGGAGAAGACUCAGGCUGUCACCAUUCCCAAGUACCCUGCCGUUAAAGGGGAUAUUAAUUUAGCAAUGUUGCUCCAGUACGGCCAAGCAGUGGCACAGGCACAGUUGCAACCUUUCUUGAAACAGUUUAUCUCUGAGGUCUAUUGUCCAGCUUUUAGAGACUGGACCAUCCUUAUCAACACUGGUAGUACGGAUGGGUGGUCAAGAGCCGUUAUGACGCUGUGCAACCCCGGCGAGGGCAUACUGUGUGAAGAGUGGACCUACCCCCCCGCCAUGGCAUCAAUUAUCCCUUUCAAUAUCAAGCCUGUGCCUGUGCCCAUGGAUGGAUUAGGCAUGAAGAGCGAUGACCUCGAGAAUUUGCUGUCGCGAUGGGAUCCAGUUUCACGUCAAAUGCCAAGGCCUCGUGUUAUGUACGUUGUGCCUGUCGGACAAAACCCGAGUGGUUCGACGAUGAGCGUUGCUCGCAAGAAGCAGAUUUAUGAUGUUUGUGUCAAAUACGAUGUGAUAAUUGUCGAAGACGAUCCAUAUUAUUUUCUUCAACUAGGAACGUACACAUUUAAAGACGACAGGUCUCCUGGUGCAACAUCUUCCGGAAAACUGUCAGCCGAAGAAUCUAAACGAUAUGUCUCUACUCUGAUCCCUAGCUUUUUAAAUUUUGACUACGAAGGCCGCGUGAUCCGUCUCGAUACCUUUUCCAAAAUCAUUGCUCCUGGUAGUCGACUAGGAUGGUUCACAUGCAAUCCUGUCUUUGCGGAGAGGUUGGAAAGGCAAGGAGAAACAUCAGCUUACUCCCCGUGUGGCUUUGGACAGGCCGUUAUAAAAAAGAUAUUGACGCAUUGGACCUAUGAUGGUUACAUAUGCUGGCUUAGGGGUUUGCGGACAGAAUAUCAGCAACGCCGUGAUUUCUUUAUUGAUUGCCUUGCAGAGGAGUUUCAUUUACAUGCGGCUCCUGCAGUUGCAGGUGUCUGGGAAGGCUGCACCGUGUACCAGGCAUCAUCCAAAGUCAAGAGGACCACCGAUAUGACCGAGAAACACCCAGCCCGGGAUCGUACGAUGUUUAGCUUCGUUCCCCCAAUCGCAGGUAUGUUCUUAUGGAUGAAACUUCACCUCGACCAAUAUCCCUCAUUCGCACCAGGAGAUGAAGAUACCUUGGACACAAAAUUUUGGACCGAGUUAGCAGAGAACGGAGUGUUGUUUAUGCCAGGUUGGAAGUUCGCAGCCAACGCAAUGAUCAAAGACUCCGAUAGCACUGGCUCCGGCCACUUCCGUGUCAGCUUCAGCAAUGUUGAUUUCGCCGACCUCAAGAAAGCGGUCACUAUCUUUGGACGAGUCAUCCGAGAGUUCUUUCGAGAGGAGGACUUGUAG